AAUCAAAUCAGUUACAAAGAAGAAGGAAGAGAGAGAGAGAGAGAGAGAGAAUGGAGAAGAAGGUAUUAUCAGCAGCUGCUGUAGUUCCUCAGCUCCUCCGCAACAUCAUCAUCGCCGUCGUUAUUUUCGCCGAUGAAUCUCUCAUUCAUGUCUCCGGGAAAUCGAAGCUCCUCGAGAAACUCCGUCUGUUUCUCGUCGCAUGUUUCCUCUUCUUCUUGCGCUCUUUUCCUUCUGUCGUCGUCUCUUUCGCAAACCCUAAUCCAACGAAGAUGACGACGAAGAAGAAGAAGAAGAAGCUUCAGAUGAUCAGCGAUUGCGAAGAAUCAGGAAUCGGUCGAGCGAUUUGGCAGUUGCUGUCGGCUAUGAAUGAAAUCCCGGUGAGUUCUAGAAAGUACCAAGUGGUUCGAUCCUUGGCGGAGAGACUAAUCGAAGAGAAUCACGGAUUCGCCUUGUUUGAUUUGAACCGUAGGGUUUUAAACGCGUCGUUCAGUAGAACGCUAAGCCGGUUAGAGGCGGCGGUGACGGUUGAGUUUAAUAACCGGAGAGAUACAGGUGAACCGGUUCGUUAUGGAUUAAACCGGAUGGUGAGAGCUGCGGUUAGAGCCGUGGGAGAUGGACUCACUGGUUGGGGUGGUGAAGAAGAGACGGCGGAUCAGUCGGCUGAGAAACUUGCGGCGGAACUUCUUUGGUUGGCGGAGAAGAUGGCGGUUUAUGGAUUCGCCGGUGAAGCCGUUGAGAAAUGGGCUUCGGCUUCUAACUUGGCUUCGCUCGCUCUUUCUUCUGAGCCACGGCUUCAAUCUUCUUUGGUCCAAAUUUCUGCUUUAUUGUUCAAAGAAGCAAAGAAGGACACUGAGAUGGAAAGAGAUGAAGAGAAAUCGACGAGAGAUGAUGAGACAAAUAAGAAGAUGCUUGUUUCGUGGAUUCCAUUGCUGUGCCGAGCCAGCAACGGAGCAGAUAAACCGGUGUUGAGAAGCUCGGAACGAGCAGAGCUCGAGAAAGUGUUGGAGAAGAUGAUAUCAGGACUGAAAGAAGAUGAGCAAGAACGAGUUCUCUCACUCUGGCUUCACCAUUACACACACUGCUCUUCCUCUGACUGGCCUGACCUCAACGGCUCUUAUGUUCGUUGGUGCCAUUCUUCUCGCCAGCUUUUGCUCUCUUACGUUGCUAGUGAAUCACUAUAUACACUAGAGGCCUAGUUAAUUUACAUUAUACUGUAUGGUGUUUAAUUUCUCCAACAUCACUUGUUGUUUUGUAGGUAAGACCAAACAAAAAACAAAAAAUGUCCUUUGUGAAAUUUUUAAAACAUCCGAUUGUGUUGGCAGCAGAGGGCCAUUAUAACAGAACUGGAAGAGUAUUUCUUAUACCAACCACAAAAGAGAAUAUUAAAUGCCAAAUGUUCAUU